GCUUCUUUUUCGCAAUGUCAGACAUUAUCCCGGCAGGACAUUUGCCCGACAGUUUGACCAGCAUUAUGCAGAGUUAUACACGUGCAUGUGAUAAAUUGACCAGAAUUAAGCUAUCGGGAUUUUGUCCUGUCGUC